GGGUCGAAUAACCAACUGUUCGGACUCAACCACCUGUUGUAUAGCUGCCAUCGUAGACUACUUCCGAUUUGAUCAUCGGUUUCUGUAAAUACGUUCACAAGAUUUCUGGAUUAAAGAACUGUUCUUUAGGGUUCGUUUUGUGGGUUUUUGAAAGAGAAGAGGAGAGAAUUGGAUGGAUGUAUUUGAGGUCUCAAUUCUACACCAUGUAUGCAUUGUGCUGCUUUUGCUAUGGCUACUUACUUCCUUCAAUUGUUGCCACCCAAUCGCCUACUUCGUCUCUCUAAUCUACCUUUGCCUGGUUCAUAAGGGGUACGUAACGCGGCUGCGGAGGAAAAUACAAUUUGAAGAGAGCAGAAACUCUAAUCGAAGACGGGUACUGUCUGAUUCUGAAACUGUGCGAUGGUUGAACUAUGCGAUGGACAAGAUUUGGCCUGUUUGUAUGGAACAGAUUGUUUCACAGAAAGUUCUCCUCCCUAUUGUACCUUGGUUCUUGCAGAAGUACAAACCAUGGACUGUGAAAGAAGCUGUGGUUCAGCAUCUUUAUAUGGGAAGAUCACCACCUAUGUUCACAGAAAUGAGGGUUCUUCAUAAACCCACUGGUGAUGACCACUUGGUUCUGGAGUUGGGAAUGAAUUUUCGUACUGCAGAUGAUAUGAAUGCAAUACUUGCUAUGAAACUGACAAGGAGACUGGGCUUUGGAAUGUGGGCAAAGUUGCAUUUGCUGGGUAUGCAUGUUGAAGGGAAGGUCUUGGUUGGGGUAAAGUUCCUUCGCCACUGGCCUUUUCUUGGUCGUUUGAGAGUAUGCUUUGUUGAGCCACCAUAUUUUCAGAUGACUGUGAAACCUAUUUUCACUCAUGGGAUUGAUGUCACAGAACUUCCAGGGAUCGCUGGAUAUGUGGAUAACCUGCUGGCCAUUGUAUUUGAGCAGACCCUAGUUGAGCCUAAUAUGCUGGUUGUUGACAUGGAGAAAUUUGUUGCGCCGCAGCCAGAAAGUUGGUUCUCCGUGGAUGCAAAGGAACCAGUUGCUUAUGCUUUCGUAGAAGUUAUUGAAGCAGCUGACAUGAAGCCCUCGGAUUUAAAUGGAUUGGCUGAUCCGUAUGUGAAAGGGCAGCUUGGUCCUUACAGAUUCAGGACUAUGACACAAAAGAAAACACUGGCUCCAAAGUGGGGUGAGGAAUUUAAGGUCCCCGUUUUCACAUGGGAGUCACCUAACGUACUAGCUAUUGAAGUUCAUGACAAAGAUCAUUUUGUUGACGAUGCUCUCGGAGAUUGUUCUAUCAAAAUUGUUGAACUUAGGGAUGGCCAGAGGCAUGACAUGUGGUUGCCUCUUCAGAACAUUAAAAUGGGCAGAUUGCAUCUAGCUAUUACUGUAGUCGAAGGAGACAGGAAGGCACCAGAUCAGUCAUUUGAUAUUGGAACACCGAACGACAACAUCGAAAAUAUUUCCUUAGCGAAUGAUAAUGGAAUACCAGGAAUGACUCCAAAAGUGGCAGAUAUAUUUGAACCCAUCGAUAUUGAAGGCCAAGAAGAGACUGGGAUAUGGGUCCACCAUCCAGGAAGUGAAGUUCCACAAGUAUGGGAGCCUAGGAAAGGGAAGAGUAAGCUUGUUUCAGCACCGAUUCUCAUUACUGGAAGUUUUAAAUCAACGGCUACUGGGUCUAAUCCUGACGAUGGUAGCAGCAGUGAUGAAAGUGAGGAAGGUAAUGAUAAAGGAAAUCGACCAAACAAAGUGCAGAGGGGUCUAAACAAGAUUGGUUCAUUAUUCCAGAGGAAUUCCAAAAAGGAGGGUGCUUCUAAUAGGACAGAAGAAGAGCUUCUUCCAUCGCCCCAUGCUAAUGCUAAUCUUAAGGCUGUCAAUGAAAAGGAGAUUGGUGUGAACCUCAUUCUGGAUGACAACCUUUCUGUACUAUCCCCUGUUGAAAAUUCAAGAGCAGAAGGUAAAGAUACUAGAGAGAGACCCAAGGGCAGUGACCAGGAAAGCCCUAGAAUUAAAUCAACGGCUCCUGGGUCUAAUCGUGACGAUGGUAGCAGCAAUGAUGAAAGCGAGGAAGGUAACGAUAAAGGAAAUCAACCAAACAAAGUGCAGAGGGGUCUAAACAAGAUUGGUUCGUUAUUCCAGAGGAAUUCCAAAAAGGAGGGUGCUUCAAAUAGGACAGAAGAAGAGCUUCUUCCAUCGCCCCAUGCUAAUGCUAAUCUUAAGGCGGUCAAUGAAAAGGAGAUUGGUGGGAACUUCAUUCUGGAUGACAACCUUUCUGUACUAUCCCCUAUUGAAAAUGCAAGAGCAGAAGGUAAAGAUACUAAAGAGAGUCCCAAGGGCAGUGACCAGGAAAGCCCUAGAAAGGGACAUGUUAAAGAUACGGCUAAGAGCAUUUUAAAGCACACAUUGUCCCGUAAAGGGUCUAAGAAACCCCUAGUCAGUUCUGAAACAGUGGAGACAGAGGGAGGUAUUCCUGUUGGGUCGGAGUCUUCUGAUGAGGGCGUUGUUCCAUCACCAGCUUGUGACUCUGGAGUUGAAGGGAUUCCGGUUGUUUCCAAACCCUUAUCCAGCUCUGGUGGCGAUUCUUUUAUAUCUGAAGAAGUUAAUAAUGGGGAUCCAAAGAAGAAGGUCUGUGUUGAACGUCCCCAGAAGAUUGUUGAAGAAGAUGAUGAUUUAUUGGUCAAGGAGUCAUCAAGCCCCAGGAAAUUUGAUGAAUAUUCGGAAGUAGGUAAGAAAGAGGUUUCUUUCGUGUGAAAGUUCUUACGUUCAUGGUUUUUAGUUUGCAGAGUCAAGUUUUAAAAGUGAAGAUCUGGCAUAUAUCUGAAUAGAGAUACGGGGUGAUUGUCUUGUUUGUACCGGGUGAUUGUCUUGUUUGUUAUAUCUCACUAGGCAGGAAUUCUAGUAGUGUGUUACAUCUCAUAGCCUGUAUAUCAUGAUUUGUGAGUAUAGUUUUGUUCAUGUUUACCAAAAAGGUUAUUCCAAGUAAGCAAAAAACAGUUGAGAAUUCUGUAAUUCUUGCUUGCCAUGGAUUGUUAUAAACAUCAGAAACUCUUUGUAUUUGGUA